UAAUAUCUGAUACUUCUCUGAAGAUGCUCCGUGUGUCUUGUAUUCUCUACCUCCAGAAUGUCUGGUCAAGUCCCUCACGUCCACACUCUCUCUUGUCAUCUGUCUCAAGAGACACACAUGAGCAGCAGCUAGAGAACCCUCUCCAUUCUGGUUUUAUUGUGGAUCAUUUUCACCAAACCCAAGAUGAACUCCAUACAUCCCUCUCUGAACCUAAAUCAACGCCAAUAAUUCCAAGUUCCCCCGAUAUCCCACAAGUACUCAUUCAACAAGAUACCGCGAUCGCAACACUACAGCCCACCACUUCUGCUACCUCUGCUCUUUCUGCGCUUUCUGCUCGCUCUGUUCGUUCUAUUCGCUCUGUUCGUUCUAUUCGCUCUACCCGCUCUAUUCGUUCUGCUAUCUCUGUUCAUUCUGUCCACUCUGCACACUCUGCUCACUCCGCAAACUCCGCACACUCUGCUCACUCUGUUUCCUCUGUUCACUCUGGUCACUCUAUCCACACUGAAUCUAAAGAAGCUAGACUACUUGUGCCUGAGUUAGUCUCAGAAUCAUUAGUCAAAGAUGUGUUUGUGGCAAAAGUCGAUCAAACACCUGUCUCUCUGGCCGAUCAAACGCCCAGCCCAGAGCCAGAGCCGGUCCUUGUUCCAGAACCUAAUUUGGCAGAGCCAUUCAUUAUCAAAGAAGAAGAGAACCUAAAUGAAAAACCAGUCAGCCUGUUGUUAGUCAAUGAUUUGUCCGGGACUGAUAUUGUGGAAGUACAGAAACAUGUCGGCGGACAACAAGAAAAAGGUCAUGACCCUGAAAUUCUCGUACAUGUCCAAAAUGUCGAUAUCUUGCCAGAAACAACAGACCAGGGGUCAGAGGUGGACUCUAGAAGUGUCGUUCUUGAGUCUGAUAACAAAGUAGAAGUACUACAGGAAAAAACAAGUGUAAAUCCAGAGGCUACUGAGCCUACGACCGUUCAGUUGGAUACAGACUUGAUUGUCCCUAUACCUGAUCAAGUAAUCGAAGUAGUGGACGUUAUACUUCCUGAAACUUUCAGCAAGCCACUCCCCGAACUUGUGACUGAAAAAUUGUCCGAUAAUGCGCCAGAUGCACUCCUUGUCUUUGAAGAUAAAGAAGACGCUGAUACGCUGCCCGUGCCAGUUGCCACAGAUUCAUUGUCAUUGUCAUUGUGUCCCACUGUUGAUAGCCCUCGUGAGUCAGUAAAUGAAAUCAUCGCACUGGACACAGAGAUUCUUCCCGCAUCACCGGUUAUUAUUCAGUCCGAUCCGCAAGUGGAUCAUAGCACACAUACUACAGCACAAGUACAAGAAGAAGAAGAAAAGAAAGAGGAAAAAGAGGUUGUUACUACACCUGCAACUGAUAUUGAAAACAAACCAUUGCCAUCCUUCCCUCUUUUGAUCUCAACUGCUUCGAGCACAACUACUGAUGCUUCUAGUAUCCAGAGCGAUAGUGAUGAUGAUAACUCUGUAUCUUCUUUGCCUCCUAUUGCCGAAGAAGAUGAUUUCUCACCACCAACCAGUCCUGCCUUUUCAGACUUUGGUCCCGCCCGUACAUAUUUCCACAACCCCGACAGAGCAGCAAAUCGACACAGUAUGGUUGAACCCUAUUCAAGCUCAUCGAUUGCUUCGUCAACAUCUACUCCACGCACACCCCCAACCUUUGGAACUCCUGUCAAUAAAGACGAAGAGAUCCACGAAAAUCUCUUCCGUCGCGAGUCUCACAAGCUGAACGCAAAGCGUAAAGAUAUUGCCAGCAAGUUCAAACGCGCAUUUUCUACCAAGAGAAAGGCUUCUAUUUAAUCUCCCGUAUAUCUUUUUUUUUAUAUUUAUUUAUCUACCUCUUUAUUUCUUGUCUAUACUUAAAGCUUGUCUCACCUGCUAUUGCAUUUAUAUUACCAUUACAUGUAUUAUUACUAUUAUUACUAUUACUAUUAUAAUUAUAAAUAUUCUUAUUUUAUUUUAUUUUAUUUUUUAUUUUUUUAUGAGACGCAAUAAAUAAACACUUUCUAUGUCUCUAC